AUGGCCAAAGCUGUUGCUGCUGCUGCUAAGAAACCAGAACAUCCUACUUAUAAGGAUAUGAUUAAGGAGGCUAUUACUGUUUUGAAGGAACGUAAUGGUUCUAGUCGUCAAGCCCUUAAGAAGUACCUUCAAGCCAACUAUAAGAUGACCGCUUCUAACUUUGAUGCUCAAUUCAACUUGGCCUUGAGAAGAGGUGUUGACAAGGGUGAUUUUAUUCAACCAAAGGGUCCAUCUGGUCCAGUCAAAUUGGCCAAAAAGGAACCAGUCAAGAAGACAACCGAAAAGAAAGUUGCCAAAGUUGUUAAGCCUACUGCUCCAAAGAAAACUGUGACCCCAAAGAAGGCUACCGCUGCCAAGAAGGCUGUUGCUGCCCCAAAGAAAGCUGCCCCAAAGAAAGCUGCCGCUACCAAGAAGGUUGCUUCCUCUAAGAAAGCCGCUCCAAAAAAAGCUGCCCCAAAGAAGGCUGUAUCAAAGAAAGCUGCUCCAAAAAAAGCCAAGAAGUAA